UGUGAAGAAGAAGAGGCGAGAACGACCCCCGGACCGACCAAAGCCUGCACACCACCACAUCCUGUGCCCAGCACCUAUGUCCUGCCGCUGUUGUUGCCAGCAUGCCCCAGAGAAAGGCUGAAGGGGAUGCUAAAGGAGAUGAAGCCAAGGUGAAGGAUGAACCACAGAGAAGAUCCGUGAGGUUGUCUGCUAAACCUGCUCCUCCAAAGCCAGGGCCCAAGCCUAAAAAGGCCCCUGAGAAGGUACCCAAAGGGAAAAAGGGAAAAGCUGAUGCUGGCGAGGAGGGGAAUAACCCUACAGAAAAUGGAGUUGCCAAAAAAGACCAGGCCCAGAAAGCUGAAGGUGCUGGAGAUGCCAAGUGAAGUGUCUGCAUUUUUGAUAACUGUGUACUUCUAAUGACUGUACAGUUUGAAAUACUAUUUUUUAUUAAGUUUUAUAAAAAUGCAGAAUUUUGUUUUACUUU